CGGAAAACCUCAUCCCUAUAAGCUCGUAUCUGGUGGAAUUGCGAGUUACUUUGCGUACAGCUCAGAAUACCAACUCCCCAAUCUCGACCACUUGUUCACACAAGCCUCAAUUCAAGAUGUCUCAAAGUGGAUCUUCAGCUAGGGACUCUAGCGACUCCGCAUAUCGUCGUCAGGAUAGCAUUAGUUCUUACUAUUCAGAGAAAGACAAGGUCGGUAGAGUUACUUAUUACUCGUCAUUACACGCUACCGUCUCCAAACAUAAUCCUAACACCCCGCAGGACACAUCCAGGGACAGUCAGUCCGACGAGCGUCGCAAAUUGUUAGCCAGUCAUGAGUCGAACCACAAACCGCAUCACUCGAAGCACCACGCGCCAACGGUAAAUGUCUACACCCAUUGCGGGCGACACACCGACCAGUACCUCUUUGGCGGUUGGUCGAACAUUUUCAAGAAGCAUUAGCCUACCUCUACCUCUUCCAGAUCGAGGUCGGCCCCUGAGAUAAUCUUGUCGAUAACUGCAGUUCUGUUUGAUACAGUU